CAAAAUGGCUGGACUUGGCACGGGUAUUUGUCUGUUUUCUCAUGGGUUUACUUCUGUUUUGGUGGAAAGUGGAUUCAUUUCAGUAUAAACCGUGGGAUUUCAGAUUUCCUGUACUUAACAUUUCAUUUUUCUGUGUUGUUAAUAGCAUAGCAUGUUGUCACUCGCACUAACUGCUUCUGAGGUAUUUUAGAGGAUCUCAGAUUAUUACAGAUACAGACUUGAAUUUAGUGAACUUCCUUUAAAGAUUCUAUGAUGCCUUCUAGUCAGAUUGGCUGAAACAUGUUCAUCAGCAGUGGCCUUCCUGUUACCUUGAUUAAAUGACUUGCUGCUUAUGCAGUCAGGCAUAUUUGGGGAGCUGUCUUUUGCUAGAUGAAACAUGUUUUGAAACAAGGAACCAGGCACUUUUGUGAACUUGUUUUAUGUCCUUUAAAGAAGAAAGAAAACUGAACUGUUCCACUCUUAUAAAACAGGAUCAUUCCUUACAAUAAAAACAUAAGAAGAUGUCCAGACAGUUUCCAAAGGUCUCGCUCAGCGAGGUGGACGAGAAGGUGCGUCUGAUAGCUGAAAGGAUGUACUCCUCAGCCCUGCGAGAGAAGGAGAUCGUGGAUAACCUGGCCAUAUUCAAUGUGGCUGAAGACUGUCCCAUCAGGCAGAUAGAGGCCAAGGAGAGGCAGCUGCAGAAGGAGCUGGCUGAGCAGCACUCAGAGGAGACAGCCAAGAGGAAGAAGAGCUUCAAGAUGAUUCGCUCCCAUUCCAUCUCCCUCCAGAUCCCAGUUAACCCAGACUGGGCUCUGUCAAUCAUCUCGCCCCUUCUGGCUCCCUCUGCUUCCUCCGUGACCUCCAUGACGGACAGCGUUCCCGAGUUUCAGAGGGUCACCAUCAGUGGAGAUUACUGCGCUGGGAUCACAGUGGAGGACUAUGAGGUAGCUGCCAAAACACUUCUGAAAGCUUUAUUCCUUCGGGAAAAGUAUGCAAAACUGGCAUACCAUCGCUUCCCUAGAACUACAGCCCAGUUUCUGUGUGGUGCUGAAAACAAGAAGUGGAGUGUCGAAGAUGAGGUGCUCCCAGAGUUUCAUCCCUGCCCAAGAGAUGGGGUGGAUCCUUACAACAUGGACGCACCGGAAAACCUGAAUUACCAGCUGAAGAUGAGCGAUGGCAUCAUCUAUGUGUAUGACAAUGAAAAAAUGAUGAAGAGCAAUGAGCCCAGGAGCCUCCCUUACCCAGACCUGGAAACCUUUGCCAUAGACCUCAGUCACAUUCUUGCAUUGCUUGCUGAUGGGCCUACGAAGACAUACUGCCAUCGUCGACUCAACUUUCUGGAAUCAAAGUUCUAUUUGCAUGACAUGCUGAACGAAAUGGCGGAGCUGAAAGAACUGAAGGGUGUUCCCCAUAGGGACUUCUACAAUGUUCGGAAGGUGGAUACCCACAUCCAUGCUGCUGCAUGCAUGAAUCAGAAGCACUUGCUGAACUUUAUUCAGACCACCCUCAAGGAGGAAGCAGACAGGAUUGUCCAAGAGAAGGCAGGAAAGAAGAUGACCUUGAAGCAGGUGUUUGACAGCCUUCACAUGGACCCCUACAAUUUGACAGUGGAUUCGCUGGAUGUCCAUGCAGGGAGACAAACAUUUCAUCGAUUUGAUAAAUUCAAUUCCAAAUACAACCCAGUGGGUGCUAGUGAACUCAGGGACCUGUACUUGAAAACUGAUAACUACAUGGAUGGGGAAUAUUUUGCACGUCUUGUCAAGGAAGUGUCUAAAGGUUUGGAGGAGAGCAAGUACCAGUAUGCAGAGCCUCGUCUAUCCAUCUAUGGGAGAUCCCCUAGUGAAUGGAACAAUCUGGCCAAAUGGUUCAGCAAGCACAAAGUAUACUCACCAAACGUGCGCUGGAUCAUCCAAGUCCCCCGGAUCUACGACAUUUUUAAAUCAAAGAAAAUUGUGCCAAACUUUGCUAAAAUUCUGGAAAAUGUGUUCCUUCCUCUGUUUGAGGUUACAGUUAAUCCACAGAAUAACAAGGAGCUACAUCUGUUCUUGAAAUAUGUGACCGGUUUUGACAGUGUGGAUGAUGAGUCCAAACACAGUGACCACAUAUUCUCCUACAAGAGCCCCAAACCAGAAGAGUGGGUCACAGACCAGAACCCACCCUACAGCUACUACCUGUUUUAUAUGUACGCAAAUAUCAUGGUGCUCAACAACCUGCGCAAGGAGCGAGGACUGAGCACCUUCCUGUUCCGGCCUCACUGCGGGGAAGCUGGCUCCAUCACUCACCUUGUCUCAGCCUUCCUUACAGCGGACAACAUCUCCCAUGGACUCAACCUCAAGAAGAGUCCAGUCCUUCAAUACCUGUACUAUCUUGCUCAAAUUCCCAUCGCCAUGUCACCGCUGAGCAACAACAGCCUCUUUCUGGAGUAUUCCAAGAACCCGCUGCGUGAAUUCUUCCACAAAGGACUGUGUGUUUCCCUUUCCACCGACGACCCCAUGCAGUUCCAUUACACCAAGGAAGCACUGAUGGAAGAAUACGCUAUCGCAGCUCAACUGUGGAAGCUCAGUACCUGUGAUGUUUGUGAAAUUGCAAGAAACAGUGUUCUGCAGAGUGGAUUGUCUCACCAGGAAAAGCAACAUUUCUUAGGACCUAACUACUUGAAGGAUGGCCCUGAAGGGAAUGACAUUCGAAGGACAAAUGUUGCCCAGAUCCGUAUGGCAUACCGAUAUGAAACCUUGUGCAAUGAGUUGAGUUUCUUGGUGGAUGCUACAAAAUCAAAUGUAAUUGCUGAAGAGUAACAGCACAACACAAAUGACAGGAGCUUUAAAAAUAAUAUUGUUGAUUUAUGCAAAACUAUAAUUGGCUAAGGGGAUCAAGUUAAAUUUGAAAAUACAUUUGAUAGAAUAUCAAAUGGGUUUCAAUUAUUAUUCGCAUUUGUGCAGAUUCUUUUAUUUACUUACUGGUCUAUGGGUCAAUUUACUGCAUGGAUUUAAAAGGGAAUAAACUAAUUUGCUUAUUCUAGAAAAUGCCCAAUAUGCUACAAAAAACAAACAAACAAAUAAAUAAAACAUGUCACCUAAGGCAACUUAACAAAAGCUUAAAGAAAAUGCAUGACUACAGAGACACUCUGCUUUAAAAUCCAAUCAGAUUUUGAGGGUCACAAAUCUGAACGUCACCUUUGAUAGAGAACAAAGGCAGAGCCUCUGGAUCUAAAAAACUUAGUAAAAUGAGGGGACAAAGUGAGGGCACACAUGCAAAAUUUGCUUCUGAUUACGAAUGGGCAUUCACUAUUAAAUACUUCUCAUUUAUAUAAUAUUUUACAUGUUUUUGUUAUACUGCUUAAUAAGCCCUGGUUAAAAAAAAAAAAAAAAAAAUGCACAAUGUAUUUUUUUGAUAAAACUGUUACAGGUUAAAGCUAUGGUUUAGUUUGAAAUGGUUUAUUUUUCAGAGAUAGAUAGAUAUUAUGCAUAGAGGAAUGAUUACAAUAAAUUACUACUAACAGGAUGUUUACUGACAACAUGAAUUUCUUAAUGCAACAUGAUACUAGAAAUACAGGUCUAAUAACAACACAUUGCCAUGCUCAUGACUGCCUGUAUUCUUGCUGUACAGUAUUUUUGUUAACUUAAAUAAACAAUGCUUUUCUUAA